AACUGGGUGUGGAGGGGCACGGGCUGUGGACAGAGGUGAUUUAAGAGCAGCCCCCUUCUCCCCAGGCCACAGAGCCACAGGGCACACGCCUGGAGCAGAUCAUAUCUCAGCCAUCCUAGAAGUUCAGCAGAUGCCUGCGGCUGCUUUCACCAUAGACAGUAUGAGCACAGCCAUCUUGCUCCUGCUCCUGGCUCUCACCUGUGUGCUCCUGAUGCUCAAUUCAAGGGGCAAGAGCCGGCUGCCCCCAGGCCCUAGGCCCCUCCCACUCCUGGGAAACCUGCUGCAGCUUCGCUCCCAAGACAUGCUGACUUCUCUUACCAAGCUGAGCAAGGUCUAUGGCUCGGUGUACACAGUGUACCUGGGGCCCAGACGCGUAGUGGUCCUCAGCGGGUACCAAACCGUGAAGGAGGCCCUUGUGGACCAAGGGGACGAUUUUAGUGGCCGCGGCGACUACCCCACCUUUCUCAACUUCACUAAGGGCAAUGGCCUCGCCUUCUCCAAUGGGGACCGGUGGAAGGCCCUGAGGAGGUUCUCCAUCCAGAUUCUGCGGAACUUCGGGAUGGGUAAGAAGAGCAUCGAGGAGCGGAUCCUGGAGGAAGGCCGCUUCCUGCUGGCGGAGCUACGGAAAACUGAAGGCAAGCCCUUCGACCCCACGUUCGUGCUCAGCCGCUCGGUGUCGAACAUCAUCUGCUCUGUGAUCUUCGGCAGCCGCUUUGACUACGACGAUGAACGUCUGCUCACCAUUAUCCGCCUCAUCAAUGACAACUUCCAAAUCAUGAGCACCCCCUGGGGAGAGUUGUACAACGUCUUUCCAAGCGUCCUGGACUGGUUACCUGGGCCGCACCGACGCCUUUUCCGGAACUUCGGGCGCAUGAAGGACCUCAUCGCCCGCAGCGUCCGCGACCACCAGGACUCCCUCGACCCCAGCUCUCCCCGCGACUUCAUCGAUUGCUUCCUCAGCAAGAUGGCACAAGAGAAGCAAGACCCGCACAGCCACUUCCACAUGGAUACCCUGCUGAUGACCACACAUAACCUGCUCUUUGGGGGCACCGAGACCGUGGGCACCACGCUGCGCCACGCCUUCCUUGUGCUCAUGAAGUACCCAAAAGUGCAAGCCCGCGUACAGGAGGAGAUCGACAGCGUUGUGGGACGGGCGCGGCUGCCUGCGCUGGAGGACCGAGCGGCCAUGCCUUAUACAGAUGCGGUGAUCCACGAGGUGCAGCGCUUCGCAGACGUCAUCCCCAUGAACUUGCCGCACCGCGUCACCCGGGACACAGCCUUUCGCGGCUUCCAGAUACCCAAGGGCACGGAUGUCAUCACCCUCCUUAAUACAGUCCACUAUGAUCCCAGCCAGUUCCUGACGCCCCAGGAAUUCAACCCUGAGCAUUUUCUGGAUGCCAAUCAGUCCUUCAAGAAGAGCCCUGCCUUCAUGCCCUUCUCAGCGGGUCGCCGAGUGUGCCUGGGCGAGUCGCUGGCGCGCAUGGAGCUCUUCCUCUACCUCACCGCCAUCCUGCAGAACUUCUCGCUGCAGCCGCUGGGGGCGCCCGAGGACAUCGACCUGACGCCGCUCAGCUCCGGGCUCGGCAACUUACCGCGGCCUUUCCAGGUGUGCCUGCGCGCGCGCUGACGCCGCGGCCCUUCCAGAUCCGCCAGGGAGCCGGGAGGCCCGCCGUGGGGCUGGCGCCGUCCUCUUCUCGUUCCAACUGUGCCCGUGAUCCCUCUCGCUGUCACACUCGCUUCCCCGCACCUGAGCCUGCCGCCUACCGGUCCGUCCGGCCCCCCCAUCUCGACCUGGUCGGCGCCCCCCAGAAGCAGAGAAGCGCAAAGGGAAGGGGAAGUGCUUGCCUCGUUCCUAUUGCGCGCCCUCUUGGGGGCCGUUUGAGUCAUUUUCUAGUAAACUGUAAAAGAUUC